AUGGAGCACCAUCAUGAAGCAACUGCAGAGCAGAGACUUUUUCACCAUGCUCGUACUCUAAGAGAGGGGCUGGCAGAGAAACGGAAUGUGAUAUUGUUGGUGGCAACGCUGAUCGCAACACUCACUUUCCAAGCUGCUCUGAACCCUCCAGGUGGUGUUUGGCAAGCCGACUCACCGGCAAAUUACUCAGGUAUCCCAUACAGGGCAGGAGAAUCUGUAAUGGCUUAUAACCAUCCUGAUGCAUACGCAACAUUUUGUAUUGCAAACCUAAUUGGUUUCAUUGCAUCUCUGUCCACAAUCUUUUUGCUCAUGACUGCAUUGAGGUCUAGGAACCACUUUCUUUCCGGGGUUCUGAUAGGGGCUUUGAUUGGGGUCAUGUGCUUGACAAUUAUAUCAGUUCUGGUAAUUGUGGCUGUUUCUGUUGCCGCAAUUACCCCAGAAAAUGUCAAAGAAAAAAUCCAUAUUCAAUUCGGAAUAGUUGUUGGAAUCAUUGUUUAUUGCAUUCUACUGAUCUCUCCAAUGACAGCUCUGGUAGCAAUUUGCUUCUUAAUACCUCAUGGUACAGUUGAUGUAAACCAUGCCAAUGGAGACGUAGAAGCACCUCAAAUUCAAGUUGAUGUAAACCAUGUCAAUGGUGACCAAGAAGCUCCUCUAAUUCAGUUAACAUGA